AUGCCAGGCAAAUACACACUUGACGUGGAGAUUCCGUUCCCCAAUGACAGACAGGCUCAGAUUGUCUGCACCACAAUAUCUCAGGACAAGCCUCUCAAGGCCGACGAGCUGAGCCAUGAGUUGACCACCAAGGGUUCCAGUCUGUUGAUUCAUUUUGCCGCUGCAUCUAACCGGUCUUUGCGAGUCGGUGUCAACAACAUGAUGGACAACAUUGGCACUGCCAUUGAGUGUUUGGACGAGCUGGAUCUCGACAAGUUUGGACCAUAA